CCUACGAAUCCCAAAAAACGUAAAUUGUGGUUACGGUUGGCGCGAAGAGAGCCAAACAGUGUCUCGAUGCGUACAAAUAUUUUUAUGUGUGAAGAUCACUUUAAUUUGGAAACAGCCAUAAAGAACUACAUGAUGUACAAAAUGGGCUUCAAUCAGAAGAUGCUUUUGGCAGAUGAAGCUGUGCCAACAAAAUUCGAUUGUCAAGAGGAUCGCAAAAGACGGUUGUCUGGUGGACCUUCUCGAGACCUGCCCAUAAAGAGACAAAAAAAUGAUAUCGUCACAGAAUGCUUACAAAGUUUAAGUGCCACUAAAACCCAUGCCGAAAUGCUUCAAGAAGACAAUUAUGUGCCACAAAACGUUAUUGAGCCUGAAGUAUUACCAAGGACUGCAGAUAAAGGAAUGUGUACAGAUCCUAUAAUUGCUGUAGAAAAGUCUGUCCAAGUGUCAAUGAAAUCAAAUGUGCAUUAUAGGAGCAAAGCUAUACAAACUAGAAACAAAAAUAAAAGUAUUUCGACAUCACCAUUCAAAGUGUCCACAACAUCGAGUUACACUUCACCUUUUAAAUAUGAACAAUGCAGUCUUCAACGGUUACAGUCAGGAGUUGUAAAAGCAGCUAAAGAAGUUGUUGCCUUAGAACGUGAUAAAUCAGAUAGUGAAAUUUCAAGCAUUAAGAGUGGUUAUUCUUCACCUUUUGUACCUACAUCAUCAAAGAUUACAGAUUCUGAUAGUUAUACUACGGAUACUAAUUCCACUGUUCAUCAACUGCAGUGCCUCAAAAAUACCCUACAUUUAAUUAAAAAAAAACCAUUAAUGUAUGUUGGUAUUACUGAACAUUGUUAUUUUAUUAUUCAGUUAAUGCACAAACACACAAAUAUAAAAGUAGAACACAUUUUGCUAUGCUUGAAAAAAAUUAGACUAAAUAGCACAUUUUCUGAAUUAGAGGAUAAUUUUGGAAUGUCACUAUCAUAUGCCAGUAAAAUAUUUUUAAAUAACAUACCCAUAUUGAGUAGCUUUUUGAGACCAUUUAUUGUAAAUUUAAACAGUAACUUAACAAAGAGAAAUCUUCCAAUACCAUUUAGACAUAACUAUCACAAUGUCAGCUGCAUUAUUGAUUGUCUUGAAAUUGAUAUACAAAAACCAUCUAAGGCUCUACACCAGGCUCUGACAUGGUCAGAGUACAAGAAGGGAAAUACUGUGAAGUAUUUAAUAUCCUGCACUCCUAAUGGAUUAGUCAACUAUGUUUCUCAAGGCUUUGGGGGCAGAACGAGUGAUGUUGUAAUAGUAGAAAACACUGACUUUCUAGAUAAAUUACAACCUGGAACUUGCAUCUUAGCGGACAGAGGCUUCAAACACCUAGAACAAAUACUUCAUAGUAAAGGCAUUAAACUAUUACGGCCGCCUAGUGUAAGUGCUGGUGUAAAGUUAUCCAAAUCUGAAGUCCGACAAACUAAAAUAAUUGCAAGCCUGCGAAUUCAUGUGGAAAGAGUAAUAAGGCGCUUGAGAGAAUUCCACAUGCUAAAACAACAUACAGUGAUAAACACCAACAUACUUCGUAUAAUUGACCAUAUAAUUAUUAUUGCAUGUGCUUUAAUAAAUUUGCAAGACUCUCUUAUUAAGUAAUGUUUUGUAUAUUAAUAUUAUAUCUUCCUAGAAAUACUAAGUAAAGAAAAAAUUAAGAAAGAAUAUCUUACUAAAUGUGGCCUUUUGGCUCUGUCUACCUCUGAUAAGGAUGUGAUGUAUGAAUGUUAUCUUUAAGAAGGAAAGUUGUUUGUUUGCAUUGAAUAGGCUCCAAAACAACUAACCACAGCUCAAAGUGCUUGCCAAGACAAUUAAUCAAACAAGUCAAAUCACAAUCAGUGCAUAGGUAUUAUUAUAUAUUAUUAUGUACACAUAUUUAGUUAAAUUAAAUAAAAGUUAGUUAAAUUCUUUCAUCUUGGGAUAGAUAUGUUACAUAACACACUUUUCACUGAGAGCAAUGAAUGUAGCAAA